GAAAACCUGAUUCGCCGUUCGGUGUCGUCCCGUGAAUCGCAAUGCAAAUUGUGAUGUGAUUGAUGCGCAAUCGCAAAUUGUUUAAUAGAAAGGAUGUCAUGUGAGUGAUCAAACACGAUGAAUUUAAGCCAGUUGUUAGCCAAGUAUAGCGAGUUUAAUGAAGUGAAUGAUGAUUUGUUUGUUUAUCUCGAUCGGCUUCUUGAAAAUGCCUUCGAAAUACACAAAAGGACGAAGGUGGCCACGGCUGAAUUGCGGAAGCUUGAACUGCAACUAACGACUCGGAAACAGCCUGGUAAAUCGGCGAGUCCCGCUUCUUCUCCGGUAAAGAAGCGCAAGAUUCGAUCCACCGAAUCAUCGUUCAGUGCACGCAAAGAGAAUGUAUCGGCUGUUGUGGAAGAUUCUCACAUAUUUCCUUGCAAAUCGGAUCCGGAAUCAUCCGUUGGCGGGUGGUCCGUUCUUGAGCAGAAUAUAAUCGAUCCGGAAGAGUCCUUUUUUGCCUCUUCGCAAAGUCCGCACAAAAAAGAAGCGCUCUCCGUGUCAAGUGAAACGGCUCGCAAUAACGCUUCAAAUCGAGUAUCAUCGCCCGUCGUAGCUGUGAAGAUAAGUCCCCCGCAAAGCAAGGGCAAAUGGGAGGGAAGCCUGUUGCGGAAAAGUAUGCUGGGAAGCAGCGUGACUAGCGUAAGCUCUGUGGAUGAAAUCAAAGCAAGCCCUGCGGCAUCUUCCAGCCCAACGGUUGCCGGAAGCAAAUGGGCAUCGAAGAAGUUUCCCAUCGAUAAUACCGCUGCUCCCAAGCAUGAACAUACUCCAAUCAGUGUGAAACGUUUCUUUUCGUUGUGCGAAAGUCCUCACCGUCUGCGUCAGACUAAGCUAUCCUUUACCGAGACGUCUGUUAAUCGUGCCAUUAAGAAAACUGUAGUUUCGAAAAAGCCAAUAGAGGAUGACUCUUGGAUGGUUGAUUUUGUCGUCCCCACGCCACCUUCCACAGAGCAUAAAGGUAAAUUGGCACGAAGCUGGAGAAAUAAAAAGCAGUCGACGAUGCUGCCAAAGGCAGACCAUUCGGCAACGGUCAAUAAAUGCGCCUUAAACUUAGCAGCGGAUGCAAUCACAGCUAAGCGGGCAAGUAGCCAUGAAGUCGGCUUAACCGAUGUCGACCGAACGUUCUACGCAGGAGCGGAUGGUGAAAGCAAGCAACUGGCCGCCAGCUCCUUGAAAACGAAAAUCAAACCAGAACCACCAUCGCAGCUGGAACACAACACAGUUACCUCUGAUUUCAGCAAACCCAACAAGAAGGAUGCUCGGUUGCCUAAUGGCGUUUCGAACAAGGAUAUUAGUGACGUUGUGUUAGUGCAACCAUCCAGCCAAGAAUCGAUUAUUAGCCUGAGAGAUUCGCCAGCACCCGAUGGUGACAUGGCAUCACUAAAGGAGCAACAUGGACAACAUAAUCAAACAUUUGAAACAGCACCGAAUAACUCAAAGACGGACAUUUGGGAUGAUCCGGUAAAUGAAGUUGCACCUUUACAGCGAUCAAAGUCUGACCAAUCUUCAGACGAUGAUGCGCUGUGCGUCGAUUGUAAAAAAAUGUUUAAAUUUCAUAAAAAUCGUGGCAGAUCAGAUGAAACCAUACGAUUUAAGUUGCCAAAAAAUUGUCGCAGUUGCCGAAUGUUCCAGCUACAUCAUACACCUCCAGACUUUUGGAAUCCGGAUUUUCUUCCCUCGCAAUAAUGCUGCAGCCCAAGGGAAGGGGAGAGCAAUACCACAUAUGCAAUGCACGGACACGGGCAUGCUUUUCAAAAAUUCGUGCCACGUUAAUUGAAUAGACAAUCAAUAUGUUAAGGCCAUCAAAUACAACGAUGCUCUGGGAGCGCACUGGUA